AUGCGCGAGUCGUUUGCGUGGCACCCAUGCCGCCAACCCGAGAGGCACGAAGAGGCCGCGCGAGACGUGCGGCAGUCGGCGCGUGUUGCAUCGACCUGGUCCGCGCUCCCUUCAAGAAAGACACCUCGAACCCCGACAACGACCCACGACGAGAACGACGGGAGCUACAUGUACGGGAGCGCUGUCAAGUAA